AUGGCAGACAAUAAUGCAGCAGGAAACUGGGCUUGCGUGCACGCCACCAUUCUGAUUUUGUGCUUUGCAAUUGCCUGCUGCUGCGAGGCAAAGGGCAUGUCGCAUGCACUUGUUGAUACUCUCCUGAGUGCUAACUUACGUCGGAUUACUUAUGACAUUCGGCCUGGUCUUAACUAUGAGAGAGUCUUCAACGUAUUACACUUCGGUGCCAAUCCUGAUGGUCGAAAAGAUAGCACCCAGCCGUUCAAAAGAGCAUGGCGUGCUGCAUGCGGCUUCAAGGGAAGGUCGAGGCUACUCAUCCCCGGAGGGGCUUUCUUACUAUCUGAGAUUGUGUUUGCAGGGCCAUGCAGCGGCCCAUCUCCCACAAUAGUUCAAGUUAUAGGGACAUUAAAAGCAACCACGGAUAUCAGAGAAUACUCUUCCUCUGAAUGGGUCUUGUUCCAAUCCAUCAAUGGCUUGGUAAUUACAGGAAGUGGGACUUUUGAUGGGCAGGGUGGUGCUGUUUGGAAAUACGACUGUAAGGGUAACAAAAACUGCGUCCAACUUCCAUCUAACAUUAAGUUCAACAAGGUCACCAAUGGAGUCCUGCAGGGCAUCACUUCCCUUAAUAGCAAAGGGGUUCACGUAUUCAUCACUCAAUGCGAGGACAUCAGGGUACGAAACAUUCGUGUAAUUGCCCCCGGAGAUAGCCCCAACACUGAUGGCAUCCAUGUUAGCCAUUCCAACAACGUGCGAAUUAAUGAAACCAUCAUCAUGACUGGGGAUGAUUGCGUCUCUAUGAUCCAGGGAGCCACUAACGUCGCAAUCACCAAAUUAACCUGUGGACCUGGUCAUGGCAUUAGUGUGGGUAGCCUCGGCAAGUACCGUCACGAGGAGGAUGUGAGAGGCAUCGUUGUGAAAAAUUGCACCUUGACUGGCACAGAUAAUGGGGUUAGAAUCAAAACAUGGCCAGGAUCUGAUUCAAGUUCAGCGUCUGGCAUGCUUUUCCAGGACAUCAUUAUGAACAAUGUCAAGAACCCCAUCAUUAUAGACCAGCGAUACUGCGAAAGAUCAAGCAAAUGCAAGAAAGCGCCAUCGCGUGUAAAGAUCAGCAACGUUUAUUACAUAAACAUUAAGGGAACCUCAAGCUCAGCAGUGGCAGUAAAUCUGAUGUGCAGCAAGCAGUUUCCUUGCCAAGAUGUUCACUUCUACAACAUCGAUUUGAGGUAUCAGAGGAAGGGAAUGGGUGCCACUGCUACAUGUACCAAUGCAGUAGUAAGGUAUGGUGGAAGACAAAACCCACCACCUUGCAAAUAG